UGCCGAACAUGGGCGGUCACUUUUCUGUCUAUAUAAACAUUAGCACAGCACACCUCUUGAGAUUAAUCACUCGUGCACAUGAACAGGCACAGUGCACAUGUCUGAGCAGUCACAGUCUCACCUCCCUGGAAUGAAAGCAGCACAGUGAUGGAGUUCAGAGAGCUGGGAGCAGACGAGAGCUCGGAGGGCGACAUGGAGGAUCUGGAUAGUGUAAAAGCCCUGACUGAGAAACUCAAACUACAAACGCGCAGACCGUCGUACCUAGAAUGGAAGGAGCGGCUACAGGCUCGCCCGUGGACUGAUGCCACACACAGUUCAAAUGCCAGCAGCCCAGGACCUGAGGAGAAGGACACUCAGAUAUCUGACAUCUGGAAAGAUGGAAUGCCUUAUAAGAACAUAUGCGGCUUUGAUACCAUAGACGACGCGUUAGAAUGGCUCAGAAACGAACUGAGGGAGAUGCAGAUGCAGGAUAACCGUCUCGCACGGCAGUUGAUUCGCUUACGGGGGGAGAUCCACAGGCUGAAGGUGGAGCAGGUGUGUCACCGUCACAAAGAAAUGCUGGAUGAUGCCACAUACGAGCUGGAGGAGUGCGAGGAGGACUCAGAUCUGCUGUGUGACAUCCCUAUGAAAGCUGCCUUCUCUAUGUCCACCCCUCUCAAACAUCUUGGUCUCACCAAGAUGAACCUCAACUCCAGACGGUUCUCGCUCUGUUGAGGCGAUGAGAGGCGCCCCUCAAGAUAAAUCAGCGCACAGCUGACACUGGAAGCCAAAGAUUUGGUUUGUUUCAGUGUUAAAAUUAGACUGUAGCAAAAAAAAAACAAAACAAAACAAAAAACGCUUUUAAUUUUCUUCACA